GACGUCACGAGGCUGCUUGACAUGCGUGUAGCUGCCGGCAGAAAGUCGUUAACCGCACAGGAAUAAAACUCCCUUUUCACAGGCUUCACGCACAGAGUCACGCUGUCAUCGACAAGAUGCCCAAGAAGGUGAAGGAAGAGCCGCAGUGGGUGGGCGACGAGGACGCGCCGGCCGCCGAGACAGAGAAAGCUGUGAAGAAAGGGAAGAAAGACAAGAAGGGGAAGAAGAGUUUCUUCGAGGAGCUGGCCACGGACAGCAAACCCGAGAAGACGGACAAGGAGGAGGCGAGGGAACCCCAGGGCAAACAGCCCCAGAAGAAGAAGAAAGACCGGCGGAAAGGGAGAGCAGCCGAUCCCACCGACGAGGACGAGGAGGACGCCGUCCAGAAGCUGAAGAAGCUGUCGGUGCAAGGCAGCGAGGAGGAGGAGGAGGAGGAGUCAGACCUGAUCCCCGCCAAAGGCAACAAGAACAAGGGUGGGAACAUCUUUGCCGCUCUCAGCCAGGCCCAGAGUGAUGAAGACGAGGAUGAAGAGUUGGAAGAGGAGGAGAAACCCGUGAAGAAGCAGGAGAAGAGCCGGAGCAGGGAGAAGGCCAGGCCGAGGAAGCUGGAGGCAGGGUCUGAUGAAGAUGCUGAGCUGGAUGCAGAUGAUGGAGAAAAACCAAAGAACAGAAAGGCUCAGGUUCAGUCCAAGAAAGGAAAGCCUGUGAAGCCGUCGGUCAGCUCGGAGGAGGAGGAGGAGGACAGCGAUGGAGGAGACAUGAUGAUGAGCGCUGAGGACGUCAUUGCGGAGCAGGCCAAGCAGCAGGAGGACGACCCGUACGCCAACCUCAGCAAGAAGGAGAAGAAGAAGAAGAAGAAGCAGCUGGAGUACGAGCGGCAGGUGGCCAGCGUGCGCGCCCAGAGCGCCCUGGAGGGGGACUUCUCCGUGUCCCAGGCCGAGAUGUCCUCCAGACAGGCCAUGCUGGAGAACGCCUCGGACAUCAAGCUGGAGCGCUUCAGUAUCUCUGCUCAUGGGAAGGAGCUGUUCGUCAACGCCGACCUGCUGAUCGUCGCCGGGAGGAGAUACGGCCUAGUGGGACCAAACGGGAAAGGGAAGACCACCCUGCUGAAGCACAUCGCCAACCGAGCGCUCAGCAUCCCGCCCAACAUCGACGUGCUGCUGUGUGAGCAGGAGGUGGUGGCUGACGACACGCCGGCGGUGCAGGCGGUGCUGAAGGCCGACACGCGGCGCCUGAAGCUGCUGGAGGAGGAGCGGCAGCUGCAGGCGCGGCUGGAGGCGGGGGAGGACAGCGUGGCCGAGCGGCUGGAGAAGGUGUACGAGGAGCUGCGGGCCAUCGGAGCGGCGGCGGCGGAGGCCAAAGCCAGGAGGAUCCUGGCCGGCCUGUCCUUCACCCCGGAGAUGCAGAACCGGCCCACCAAGAGGUUCUCCGGGGGCUGGAGGAUGAGGGUGUCCCUGGCCAGAGCCCUGUUCAUGGAGCCCACCCUGCUGAUGCUGGACGAGCCCACCAACCACCUGGACCUGAAUGCUGUCAUCUGGCUCAACAACUACCUGCAGGGCUGGAAGAAGACGCUGCUCAUCGUGUCUCACGACCAGAGCUUCCUGGACGACGUGUGCACGGACAUCAUCCACCUGGACAACCAGAAGCUCUACUACUACCGAGGAAACUACCUGACCUUCAAGAAGAUGUACGUCCAGAAGCAGAAGGAGCUGCAGAAGCAGUACGACAAACAGGAGAAGAAGCUGAAGGAGCUGAAGGCCGGCGGCAAGUCCACCAAGCAGGCUGAGAAGCAGACGAAGGAGGCCCUGACCAGGAAGCAGCAGAAGGGGAAGAGGAAGGGGGGCCAGGAGGAGGAGAGCCAGGAGGCCCCGGAGCUGCUCAAGAGGCCCAAAGAGUACACCGUCAAGUUCACCUUCCCCAACCCCCCCCCUCUGUCCCCACCCAUCCUGGGCCUGCACAGUGUGGACUUCUCCUACGAUGGACAGAAACCUCUCUUCAGGAAUGUGGACUUCGGCAUCGACAUGGACUCCAGGAUCUGCAUCGUGGGCCCGAACGGCGUGGGGAAGAGUACUCUGCUGCUGCUGCUCACCGGCAGGAUCCAUCCUACCAAAGGAGAGAUGAGGAAGAACCACCGUCUGAAAGUGGGCUUCUUCAACCAGCAGUAUGCGGACCAGCUGAACAUGGAGGAGACGGCCACAGAGUACCUGAUGAGGAACUUCAACCUGGCCUACCAGGACGGCAGGAAGUGUCUGGGCCGCUUCGGCCUGGAGAGCCACGCCCACACCAUCCAGAUCUCCAAGCUGUCGGGAGGCCAGAAGGCCCGGGUGGUGUUUGCUGAGCUCGCCUGUCGCCAGCCGGACGUCCUCAUCCUGGACGAACCCACCAACAACCUGGACAUCGAGUCCAUCGAUGCUCUAUCAGAGGCCAUCAACGAGUACAAAGGAGCGGUCAUCAUCGUGAGCCACGACGCCCGCCUCAUCACGGAGACGCAGUGCCAGCUGUGGGUGGUGGAGGACUACUCCAUCAACCAGAUCGACGGAGACUUCGACGACUACAAGCGUGAGGUGCUGGAGGCUCUGGGGGAGACCAUGGUGAACAAGGUGAACCCCUGAAGCCCCGGACCUGGACUUUGUUUGAGCUGUAAUAAUAAAGAGGCUGUUGUAAUCCAGAGCUUUAUUGAGCAGU